AAAUUCAUUGACAUAAGGCUCCCUCGGGGUCUGGCCACGGAUUUCACUACAAGAGGUUAGAUGGUGGAUGAAGUACUGUUGAGAGCUUAUGAUGAGGUACUGCUGUGGGAGGAUUGCAGGGACAAGGCCAGUCGUCUCCUCUCCUCUCUGGCUAAUCUAGUGGAGCAGUUGAACACAGUACACUCCUGUAUGAGUCAGCCUGGCAAGCUGGGAGUGUUGUGUCAGCAUUCCCAGGCUCUGUACUGUCUGCAAGGCAAACUGGUGGAGGCCAUGGAGAGAGCACUUGUCUCUGUGCAGGCUGAGAGAUGCAAGAUGCUUGAGAUCGUGUGUUUACUGAAGAAAUGCUCAAGGGAAGCAGAAACAAAGCUGAAGCACAUAACAGGGAGAUGCAGUGUUGAGAGUGUGUGCUGCAGGACUAGUCAGACCUUCUCCCCUGCUGAGCAAUGUGGUUGGUUGAGACUCAUCCAUGCUGCCUACACUGCUGACACUGAGGACAAGGCUCUGGCUGUGGAUACUGUACAGUACACUGUCCAUGGGGUGGAGGAGGCCCUCACUGUGUGGGCAAGAGAUCCUGUGGAGAGCAGUGAGGCAGUGAAUUUGCUGAGGUACUCCAUUGGUGCAAGGGAACAGUUUCGACCAGAUUUAGCUGCUAAAACUCAAAGAACAAUAUAGACAAAUUCAUAUAAUUUUUUAUAUUAUAAUUAUUAUAAUAUAAUUAUAUAUUUUUUGUAUUUGUAUUUGCAUCUUUUGUUG